AUGGAGUUGGCCUCUUCUACUCUCAACGCAUACAAUGCCUUUUCCGUUCGACUGCCGCCUCGCACUUCCAGAAACUCCUCUCCAUCUCUAUCUCUUUUCAGACCUCCAAUUCGAAGAAAGUUACCGUAUUUUUCUUCUAAAUCUACAGCUCCUUCCAUAGGAGUUAAUUUGAAGGUUUUUUGUCAGAUUGAUAAUGAUCUUCAAAGGCAUAAUGAGCUUCUUGAUGUGAUCAAGAAGUCGCCAUCCAAGGUUGGUGAAAUUGUUGCUAGACGCCGCAAAGACUUCACAAAAGAAUUUUUUGGUCAUCUCCAGACUCUGGCAGAAUCUUACUAUGAUAAUCCAACAGAACAAAAUGCUGUGGCAAAGCUUGGUAAUACGUGCUUAGCUGCUGUACAAGCUUAUGAUACUGCUACCGAAAGUAUAGAAGCAAUCAAUGCUGCAGACUUGAAAUUUCAGGAUAUAAUUAAUUCUCCCUCUUUAGAUGCUGCUUGCCAGAAGAUAGAUAAUUUGGCUGAGAAAAAUGAACUUGAUUCGGCAUUGGUUCUCAUGAUAACAAAAGCUUGGUCAGCUGCUAAAGAGUCGAACAUGAUGAAAGAUGAAGUGAAAGAUGUAUUGUAUCAUUUAUAUACGACAGCAAGAGGUAAUCUUCAGAGGCUUAUGCCAAAAGAAAUUAGGAUACUCAAAUACCUGCUUACAAUCAAAGACCCUGAGGAGCGCAUUAGUGCUUUAAAGGAUGCUUUUACCCCGGGAGAGGAACUUGCAGGAAAGGAUAUGGACUGCCUAUACACGACACCGGAGCAGCUACACACCUGGAUUACGACUGUAGUUGAUGCAUAUCAAUUUAGCAGAGAGGGCACUCUUAUAAGAGAAGCGAGAGAUUUGAUGAAUCCAAAUAUUAUCCAGACUCUGGAAGAAUUGAGAAAAUUGAUCCAAGAUAAUUUCAUGUAA